UUUAGUUGAUAACUUCUUUCCCUUGUCACAUCUAAGAGAAUAUUUUUUCACUAUUAACUAGUCUUGGAAAAAUUGCCUUUCUAUUGAUUUGAGGACAACGGAAAGUGUUCACAGAAAAUAAGUUCGCCUUGUAAAUGACGUAAAGUCUCAACAAUACAGAAGGUACAAGAAGGCAAGAAACAAAGACUGAUCCAAAGCAAGACAGCCUGCACUGACCAUGCGAGAUAUUGCUUUCCACCUGCCAUUUUUUUAUGGCAGCAUAUCCCGUUCUGAGGCGGAUGAAUUCCUUCGGCUGGGAGGGAUGUCUGAUGGGCUCUUUCUGUUGCGUGUGUGCCUGCGUAACCUUGGAGGUUAUGUCUUAUCAGUUGUCUUUGAUCAAAAGACUCACCAUUACACAAUCGAGCGGCAGUUGAACGGGACUUAUGCCAUUGCUGGUGGCAAGUCUCACUGUGGGCCUGAAGAGCUCUGUGAAUAUUACUCAAAGGAUGCCGACGGACUGUGCUUUGUGCUUCGGAAGCCUUGCCUUCGACCCCCUGGUGUCGAUCCCAAGCCUGGAGUAUUUGACAGUAUCAGAGAAAAUAUGUUACGAGAGUAUGCUCGCCAGACAUGGAACCUGGAGGGUGAGGCAUUGGAACAAGCAAUCAUCAGCCAAGCUCCACAGCUGCAGAAACUGAUUGCAACCACUGCACAUGAGAAGAUGGGCUGGUACCACGGUCCGAUCAACCGCGAUGAGGCAGAACGACGUCUCUACUUGGGUGCACAACCCGAUGGGAAAUUUCUACUGAGGCAACGCCAAGAAUCGGGAACAUACGCACUCUCUUUGCUGUAUGGGAAGACACCCUAUCAUUACAGGAUAGACUUGGACAAAUCUGGGAAGUUCGCCAUCCCUGAGGGGUCAAAGUUCGAUACUCUUUGGCAGCUUGUUGAAUAUCUAAAGAUUAAGUCUGAUGGAGUGAUAAACGUGCUACGUGAAGCCUGCAAUAAUCCGAACCAACCGGCUGAUCCAGUGAAACCACCAUCGCUUCCGAAGAAUAGACAAGGUGCUGCCAGCCUUACUUGCAAUCUCGAUGGAUAUACACCAGACCCAAUUGAGGGGCGCCGGGUGCUUCCUAUGGAUACAGAAUCAUAUGUCAGCCCUUACAGCGACCCUGAAGAGUUAAAGGACAAGAAAUUGUACCUGAAGCGAGAUUGCCUGCUAAUUGAUGAGGUGGAGCUGGGAUCUGGCAACUUUGGCUGUGUUAAGAAAGGGGUGUAUAAGAUGAGGAAGAAGCAGAUUGAUGUUGCUAUCAAAGUGCUGAAAAAUGAUAAUGAGAAGUCAUUAAAGGAUGAACUGAUGAAAGAAGCUGAAUUCAUGCAGAAACUGGACAACCCCUACAUUGUGCGAAUGAUCGGCGUGUGUCAAGCAGAGCAUCUGAUGCUCGUGAUGGAGAUGGCUGCAGGAGGUCCACUCAACAAGUUUCUGUCCAGCAAAAAAGAUCAGAUCUCCAUCGAGACUGUUGUUGAACUGCUCCACCAAGUUUCUAUGGGAAUGAAAUACCUGGAGGAAAAUAAUUUUGUGCACAGGGAUCUUGCUGCCAGAAAUGUUCUCUUGGUCAAUCAGCAUUAUGCCAAGAUCAGUGAUUUUGGAUUGUCCAAAGCAAUUGGUGCUGAUGAUAGUUACUACAAGGCUCGCACUGCUGGGAAAUGGCCGGUGAAGUGGUACGCACCUGAAUGUAUAAAUUUCCGGAAAUUUUCGAGCAAGGCUGAUGUCUGGAGCUUUGGUGUGACGAUGUGGGAAGCAUUGACCUUUGGACAAAAGCCAUACAAGAAAAUGAAAGGCCCAGAAGUUGUUACUUUCAUUGAGCAAGGUGGCCGAUUGGAUCGUCCUCCUGAAUGUCCAGAUGAAAUGCAUGAACUUAUGCAAGCGUGCUGGACAUACAAAGUGGACGAUCGUCCUGGAUUUGUGGAGGUUGAGAGCAAAAUGCGUGACUACUAUUAUAAAAUUACACAGAAGCCAGCAUCAGUUUGACAUCACACUCAUGAUAACUUACACCGGACAAGCAUUGUUUUGAUUUGCGUGUUGGUAUUUUGCUGCAUCUAUCUUUUAAGAGUUCUUGUAGUCAGUAACUGUGAAAGCAAAGCUUCCAGCAACAACAUAGCUGGAGUUUUAGCAUACCUUUCGUUAAUCACAUAAUCUUACUUUGAACAAAAUCAUUCACAUUCUUAGUAAUAAUUUAACUUUGCCUUGUUAAUUCAGCUGAACUGGUGAAAUGAGCCUCUGUGGCUAUACUCUGACAGUAGUGUUAGUCAAAACUAACCUUAGCAUCCCAUUGCAAUUAAGAAUUGAAAGUGUGAACAUAUUGUGCCAGUAAAUUUAUUUCGUGUUGUUGUAUUUAGGUAAAUGAAGAAUUAUACUGUCACAUUGCACAUGCUUCAUCUACAAGGUCAGUUAUAACUGGCCUGGUUACAAAAUUGUAUGCAUGUUGUUUCAUGAUGAAAUAUUACUGCUAUCAAGAAUAAUUUUAGCUCUGAGUGAAAAUAAAGAAAUAACA